AUGGUUUCGCAAGACAGAUUUUUGUUAUGGAAGAAAAAACGGAAUUCAACGUACAUUGUGUUUUUGGUUUUGUACUUCUUAAUGGGCUUAGAACUUGGAUGUGUUAAUGCAACACUAUGGAUUUAUGUAUCAACUGUUGUAAAACCCAAUAAUCCUGAAUUAUUUUACGGGUUAAUUGUUGGAUGCUUUUUCGCACCGCCCAUAUUAUUCUCACCCGUUUUGUCGCGUUUUGCUGACAAAACUAGACGAGUGAAGCUUUGCUUGAUAUCAGUGAUUUAUUUGUCAAUAGCCGGGAGCAUUUUAUACACCAUUCACACAUCUCCCUUGUUUCCGUUGUUUGGAAGAUUUUUGAGCGGGUUUACCAUGGCAGUGACACCACUUAUGGUUUCAGAAGUUGCAAGAUCAUACCCUAAAGAAAAGGUGUCACAAAAAUUGAUGAUGAUUAAUGGUAGUCGUUUAAUAGGUUACGCCUGCGGGCCAUGCAUUUCUAUAUUUUGUUUCAAAACAGAUUUUUGGAUUGGAAGUAUUCACAUAACGUAUGCCAAUGUUAUUGGACCUGUUCUAUUUGUUAUUUGCUGCAUAAUACUGGUUGUUGUAUUAAUUUUUACGCAUGAUUUAUCAAGAGAAUAUGACAUGAAAGCAGAAUCCAUGGAGAGAAAGAAUAUACCUUCUGCAUCAGCAUUCAGCACAACAAAAAAGAUUUUUCAAACUAAAGACACUCUCCUAAUGAUCAUCAUCUGCAUAUUUUUUGGGGUAAUGGACCAAAUAAAUUUCCGUAUAUUACCCAUGAUUGUUAUCACAAGAUUAAACUUCAGUUAUUCAGUUCUGAAUAUUCUGUUAAUGGGUGUUGCGUUCGCCAACAUCGCUCUUGUUGCAUUUCUACUAUCUUGGAGAAUUUCAAACAAAGAGGUGUAUUAUACUGGUAUUAUAAGUUUGCUGUCUGUAAUUCUGACAUCUUUGCUGUUAUUAUUGCUCUACUAUCGAGUUGGACACGUUACUGGAUGGUAUGUGAUGUUGAUUGCCAACCUUCUUUGCAACGUAGUGUUUUUUCUUUCUGAUCAAACAUUUGCAGUGAUUGUGUGCGCAAAAUUGGCUCAUUCAUGCAAUCAAGGAUUCUUGGAAGGUGUUCGUUUGUUUUCUAUACAAAGUGGACGAGUUGUUGGAGCUAUAUGCAUAGGAAUGUAUUACAGCCACAUGAAGUUUUUUUAUCCUUCAACGACAGCAUUGUCAAUUAUGCUCUUGACAUUGUUGAUAUUGCGAAGAAAGACUCUUUCGAAUCCCGUGCCAGUUAUAUAA